AUGGGUGCCAAAACAAAGGAAGAGGACGACGAGGUGGAAGAGGAUGAAGAGGAGGAUGUGCCCAAGAAGACCGGUGAGUCUGCCAAGGAGGCAAAACAUCUCGACAGUUUGACAGAUGCCAUCGACGAGGACAAAACUACGUCUUCCAAAGUUGAUGCUAAGGAGGUCCAGGCGAAGCUGGACGAGUUCAACAAGCGGAAGGAUCUCCAACUCAUGCGAUACGAGUCCUGUGCAGUUCUGGCGUGUUCCAUGUCUGAGGAGGAGGCAGACCUGAUGUCCAGUCCCAAAGGGGGCUAUGUGGGCCUGGCAGGCAACCGACCAGGAUCGUAUUCGCCCACUGCAAGAAGUCCACAGGGAUCCGUUGCUUUUGGCCGUGGGGCCACUGCAAGCACGAGCUCCAACAACAAGCUCCGGAGGAUGCGCUCAAACACACCGACCCCCUCGGAUCGGCCCGCGACACCGCGGGCCAGCCCUGAGGAGACGCCCAGAAGUCCUGUGCCCCCUGCACAGGCCCCAAGUCCCCCGGGGGCGGCCCCGGGGGCCCCAGCCACGGACCCCGGCAGCCGGCAGGCGAUAACUAUCUUUGGCUGCACGGGCAAGUAUAAACUCAUAAACGACACUUUUGAGCCCCUGCAGAUGCUGCACCAGAACAAGCCAUGCUGGAGGGCCAGGUCUGCCACGCCAGUGUAUUUGUUCCACACCGGCAAGUCGCGAUGGGUCAUCAGCAAGAAGGUCAAUGACGGCGCUCGAUGCUAUGCAUUUGUUUCGGACAAUGGCUAUGCUGAUCCCACCCAGUGUCCUGGUCCUUGGAUUUGCUGUGGUGAGGAUGGCCAGUGGCGGGAAGAUAGAAACAUUAAAUGCGUACCUGCCAAGGCGUCUCAGGAUAAGUUUGUCCUGCUCAGGAACGAGGUGGAGGAGGAUUUGAAGCACUUCGGUUUGAUGGAUUCCAACAGCUUAAAGCAGCUGUGGAAGAAACUUGACAAAAAUGGAAACAACAUCGUCAGCUUGGCGGAAAUCGACAGCCUUGUUGUGGACAUGGUCAAGGCCAGCCUGUGGCCAGAGUGGGUCAACAACAAGGAUGCCAUUCGCAGGGCUUACGAGAAGACCGCCAAGUUGGAUGGCGAUGGGGAAGGGGAUGACGUGGAGAAGGAGGAAUUCCACUCGUUGCUCCUGAACCUGUUCUGGUUCGGUCACUUGCAUCGAAUAUUUGACGAAAUCGAUACGAGCCAUGAUGGCAGGCUAACUCUAGAAGAGUUCACCGCAGGAAUGGCUCAGCUCGACCUUCACCUGUCUCCAGAAGAGGCAAGAAGGGAGUACAGUACAAUCGACAUGGACCACGGUGGGAUGAUACUCUUCACCGAGUUCUGCGCGUAUAUUAGGAGGCGAGUCCAUCCAGACCACAAUCCAGCCUUUGAUGCAGAUAUUGUGUCCAAGGACAAGUCCAAUGAGACUUUGCGGAAGAAGCACGGUGACAAGGCGACACAUGGACACUUCGUCAACAAGAAGAGUCUGGCCGACUUUGACAAACUCGAGAAGGAGCUGAAGGAUGUCUUGAAAGCCAACGACCAAGCGCAGUUGAAAAAGAUGUGGAAGCGCUUGGACUUCAACGGCAACAACAUUGUGUCCCUGGCAGAGGUUGGUAAGAUGGUGAACGAGCAGUACCCAGUGCUCAACCAUCAGCCUGCACUAAUGCGGGCUUUCAAGGCUACGCUUGAAAGAGGAAACGGGGAUGAAUGGGUGCAGAAGGCUGAGUUCAAGAUGCUGUUGGGGAACCUGUUCUAUUUCAACAAGCUUUACUGGCUUUUCGAUCAGGUAGACGAGGACCACGACCGCCGAAUGACUCUCAAGGAGUUUCAGUGGUGCAUGUCCGUCUGCGGUAUCAAGAUGUCUCAGGCCAAGUCCGAGGCAGAGUUCAAGAAGGUGGAUGUAAAUGGUGGCGGAAUUAUUCUUUUUGAUGAGUUUUGCAGAUACUUUGCGGACAAGCACUGCCCGGAAGCCAUGCAAGAUAGCUGGCAUCUGAACAUGAUCUCGCGCUUGCGGGAUGCCACCUCCCGAGUUGCCAGCCCGGUGCAAGCUCUGUUGGUGACCCGGCGAAGCCUCCACCGGGCUCCUGGACUGCCGUGGACGAUCUACCAUCCCCACAUCCAGGAGCCGGAGCACACAAAAAAAAUUGUGGGAGAGACUAAAGGACUCGCCAGGUACAUUCCAAAGAACUACCGUCAUCAGCAGUUCAUCGAAUCUGUGAGGUCUGGUGAGUACCUGGGGCCAGACUGGCCAUACAAUAUGCUGAGCUCGGUCUUUUGGAAGGAGCGAAGGUACAAUGCCACGUACAAUCCGAUUCCUCCGGACAUGUCCGUCCUUCCAGGUAUUCUGUUCUUCCCAAGACUCAACGUCUGGUGUGUAGAGUGGUGGGAGCAGGACAAGCAGCGGUUUCGCUGGUUCCGAGCCUGCUACGGCUUCAUGAGAGCUAAGCAGCAUGCCGAGGAUUUUCGCAGGAGUUUAAUCGAAGCAGGUCGUGUCGAUAACCGUCGCACAGACCGCGAGAUUCGCAUCCAGCUACUAGCUCGCAUCGAGGCCAAGAAACUCCUGAAGAAGAAGUUCUCUAACAAAGAUGCCCGCCGCCUCGGCAAUUCAGGCAGCAAGCAAGGCUCUCCGAGGAGGGCGCGUCGUGACUACCAGAAGAGAGGCUUGCUACCCUGA